UGGGGGUUACUUGGGUUUAUUCCCCAAGCUUGAAAAUUUGCUAACAUUGGACCUUGGAAAAACUGGAGUGAAAGAUGACUCUUUAAAAAGCAUUGGAAUUUACUGUUCCCAGUUAAGGUCGCUGAAUUUAAAAGGUUGCACUGACGUGACAGACGAUGGAAUUCGAUGGCUUUGUGGGGUGGAUUUACCGGGAAUGGGAAAAUCAAGACUUUGCAAGACCAUCCAAAAAUUAAGUAUUCUUCACACAAGUGUUACUAAGAAAGGAAUUCAAGUUGCGCUGAAAAAUUUCCUGUUCUUGAAUAUCCUUGAAAAUUGUUAUAUUGUAGAUGCAUUGGCAGAGUUGGCCCAAUCAGCGAUAGAUUCUAAGCAACCCGGCUUUUAUAAUAAUACGUUCUCAAUUUCUACCUUGUACACAUCUCCUGAUACGCCGUUAAGGAGUAAUAGUCUGCCACUAGCCCUCCCUUUAUGCCAUUUAGUUAAUCAGGUUUCAAUUUGUGUAACCAAGGAACUGAAAGAUAGUGAUCUUUUGUGCUUAUUGUCGAUCAAGAUGCUUCGUAAACUUGAAAUCGGCGGUUCUUCAUUUUGUCAAACAGGCGAAACUGCUAUUACUUUUGAUGGUGGUGUGGCUCCACUUCUCAAGGCAUUUGGAAGAUCAUUGGAGACUCUUAUGUUGGGGGGUAUAAAAUUAGUUUGUCUUUCCAGCAUAAUCGAAUUCUGCCCAAAUCUAAUUUCAUUGUUUAUCAGCGGCACUUCGGGCUCGUUUAAGGACGAAGACCUCUUCCAGGUGAAAAAUAAGCCGCCUAUUUUGAAAGAACUAAAGGUGUUGACUUGUUAUUUUCAGGUUCCAGCCGAUAUUCUGUUUGUUUUGCUAUCUUUUCCUUCACUCGAAAAAAUUUCAAUUGGUCUUUGCGAUUCGCUCACUGAUGAGGUCUUACUGGAGGCCUUCAAAAGUCACCGAUUCAAGCACCUUCAAAAGCUGGAACUAUUUUUUUGCGAUUCAGUGACGUGGCGUUGUAUCAGAGCAUUAUUGUUAAACGGCUGCGAUUCUCUAGAAGUCAUGAGCCUCCAUCAGUGUAAAUGCCUUGGGAAAAACACUUUUGAAGAUUUGCACUCUCUUAUUUCUAAGAAAAAUUGGAAUUUGUAUAUCACCUGCCAACUUUUUUUUCAGAGAAUUUAGAGUCCUGCGUCGGUUCAUUUAUUCGAUUUAA